CUCAGCUGAACCUCCUGAGAGUCUGAAAGAUGAAUGUGGCUCUCAUCCAUGACAAACUGUUCAUCAAACAGUUCUGGGAGAAGAAGAUCGACGCUCAGACGCAGCAUGCAGACAGCGAAGAGGAGAGGAGGAGCCGCAGCGCGCUGAGCAAGCUGCGGGCGGAGUGGCUGGUCCGGCUGGAGAACCGAAACAAACACCUGAAGAAGCUCAACGACGCCCGGAGGGUCCGGAUGCCCAAAGCGGCCGAGCAGACAUGA